AUCCAAACUAGCCGUUCACGCCCAGCUGCUUAUGUUACUGGAAGCCCUUGAGAGGGAGAAGAAAAACAUUUAUCAUUUGGACUGUUUUUGUCGUUGUCAUGGUGUAAGACGUAAGAGAACGACAUGGCAAGGCGCUCAGGAGCUAGCAAAGGCCGCUCUGGAGGAGCUAAAGGCUCUCUGGCUCAGUUGGGGCUCUUUGACAUGCCUGAUCUUGAUGGCAUUGGCAACGACGACGAUGGUGAUGAUGAUGCAGAUGAUGGAGACUUGGAAGCUGAGUUGUCAGAACUGCUUUCUGGUCGUGUCCAGCCAAAGCCGAAGAAACCCAAGCCAAAGCCAGCCGCAGACCUGGCAUCCAUUCAAAUGAUGGCUGCUGCUGCUUUGAAGGAGGAUAACUCGGGUGAUGAAAGCGAUGAUGCCAAUCUGUCUGAUGACCCGGAACUGGUGGCGGAGCUUGGCGCUCUUCACCCUCACCAAGAAGAAGAAACAGCACCAGAACCACCACCAAGGGUUGCAUCUAGACCACCGGGUGCCGUCCAGGUGCUCCCAACAAGCCCUGCACCCACCAGUCCUGCUACAAGCCCCAGUGGGGAGCUUCCCCUUGUCGAGACCCUUCAAGAACGGCUGCGCAGCUACGCUGCUGCUGAAUUGGCAGCCAAGUCCCUGGGGGACAGCUCCAAGGCCAGGCGUUAUGGCCGCGCAAUCAAGACCUUGGAAUCUCUGUUGAAGAAGGCAAAGGCGGGUGCACCAGUGAGCGAAGAAGAGAUUCCUCCCCCGGUAGCCAUCCCUAAGCCGCCAGCGCCUGCGUCAGAAGUUUCCCACGAGUUUCCCAAGAUGGCCAAACUGGAUCGGGGUCGCAAUGCAUCUGACACCCCUCUUUCAGAGCUACCCACCCCUGCCGGAGACAGCGCAGAGAAGCCUGCAGAGCCAUCGGGACCUGGUGCAGUGCCGACUGCACCACACCGGAGGCCUGCCCCUCCAAUACCAACGCGCCCGGAUCCAACGCCCGCCCCUGCUCCAAAGGCAGAGCUACCCGCCAGCACUAGCAACCCUCAAGAGCAGUUGCUGGCGACGCGUAGGGACCAGUACAAGCGAGCUGCCAUCAACGCCAAGAAGCGUGGCGACCAGCAGACUGCUAUUAGCUACGUCCGCACAGCCAAGCAAUUCGAUGCUGUGCUCACCGCCAUGGUUCAAGGGCAGCCUGUUGACUUGUCGAAGAUGCCGCCACCACCACCAGAGUUUCAAGGUGCUGACCAAGCUACGGUAGCUCCAGCAGCGCCACCUAGUGUGCCAACUGCAGAGGCCCAGAAACAGGCUUCGGGUGACAACACUGCUGUUCCGUCUUACAUCGACGAAAAUGUUGUGGACGAUCCAUCCUUAUUUGGGGGGCCCCCUCCCCCAGCCACCAUAAUGGAAGCGCUUCAGCAGAGGCUCGACAAGUACAAGAACACGUUCAAUGAAGCCAAGGAACAAGGGAACGAUCGAAAGGCUCGGCGGCUUGAACGGAUCAUCAAGCAAUACGAAGAUGCCAUCAAACUGUACAAGGCUGGAAAACCAGUCGACUUUGAGGAACUACCAGCUCCUCCCGGUUUCGGGCCAAUCCCUGUUCCCUCCGAGGCUGCCCCUGUUCCAAAUCCAGAGCCACCGAAGCCAGCGCCAAAGCCAGCGCCGAAGCCAGCCCCUAAGCCUGCUGCCAAGCCACCUGCUCCCCAGCCAGGUGCAGCUGCUGCCAGAGCAGGACAGCCUGGGUCUGGUUCCCCAAAAAAGCCAUUGCGUCGUGGCCUGUCGACAACCAUCGACAAGCAAAUGCAGUUCCUGCAGGAACGGCAGAGGCUGUUUAGAGAGGCGGCCUUAGAGGCCAAACGUCGGGGCGAGGUGGAACAGGCCAAGCAGUACCUCCGCACAAUGAAGGGAAUAGACCCCAUGAUCCAGGCUACCGAGUGCGGCCUUCCAAUUGAUGCGUCAAGUAUCCCAAUUCCACCUCAGCUUCAGGAAGACUUCGUGGUUGUUGAGGCAUCUGACUGUGAACCCAAGGACGAGAACAUUGAACAGAUGUACCAGACACUCGAACAAGAGCUGGUGGAACAACACGAGAUGUGCGUUCAGAACAAAGACCAUUUCUUCAAGUUGGGAGAUGUAGCCUCUGGAACCAAGUUUGAGAAGCUUGCUCAGGACACCAAUCGAGAUCUGCUGGUGGUGAAAAAUCUCAGGCAGCGCAAUGAUCCACUUCCACGGUUCCACUAUGAAACCAGAGUGUUCUCAAUAGUUCGCUGCAAUCAUGACCUGACAGAUACUGACAUUGAGGUCUCAAUAGUGAGAGGAGUCAACCUGCCAGGCCGAAAGAUGACAGUCAAGAAUGCGAUGGCUUGCGGAUGUGCCCGGAAGCCCGAUGACUUGGACUCCUAUGUGAUGGUCACAUUUCCUUUUCCUAAUGAUGCGCCGCAGACAGCGAGAACCAGAACUGUGAAGGACACAAACAAUCCAGAGUUUAGCGAGAACUUCAAGUUUGAAGUCAAUCGGAAAUCGCGUAGCCUUGCAAGGGUAAUGAAACGACACCCCAUCAAAUGUGAAGUCUGGGCAAAAAGAGGUUUCUUGCGAAGUGACGCACUCUUAGGCACAGCGUCUGUCAAGUUUGAAGAAUUGGAAAACAAGUGUGAGAUACACAAUAGUUACGAUGUCUUCGACAGCAAGCGUCCCAGUGGCGGCAAGCUCGAAGUAAAAGUUCGUGUGCGUGAGCCUUUCGUCUCAAAACAGGUGGAGGAGAUCAGGCAUCGGUGGCUUAUUAUCGGCAGCUAGCUUUCGCACGCCCACAAUCUGCCUGCUAGAAGGACAGCCAUGUCAGCAACACCAAGCUAUGCGCCUGAUAGUGCCAGACGCUAACUGCAACUUUCACAUAGAAAGGCAAUGCCAUCCUCUGUUGCGUUCUUGUACAUAUGUGCGCUUGGUCAUUCUGUUGUUCAGCACAACUUGCAGUAAGCGCAGCUUGAUCUUGAGCAUUGCAGCCUUCUGAAAGCAAAACCUGUCCAAGCAGAACACCCAUUUUUAUUAAAUCAAACUCGUUGGCUGCGGUAUGGAUGCACUUAUAACGUGGUGGAAACUGCUAUUACAAUGUAAAGUUAUUCUCAUGUUAUUUUAUAUUGCUGUCAGCAGUGCUGUUCCCAUGUGAGGGCCAUGUGAGAUGCAGUGUGUGCACGUUUCUAUUUUAAUGUUGCGCGCACUGUUGGAACACUGUGUGAUGAGCUCUAAGAUCUGCAGAAUCUUUUUAAUGACUACAAUGUACUGUAAUUUAAGAAAAAUAAACUGAAGGCAUGUAGGAAACAAGA